AAUGGGGUUUCAAUUGACUGUCAAAGAGUUACUUAGUUUAUGAAUACAUUUGUAUGUAUUGACUGUGCAAUAGGUGUCAAACAAAACAUUGUUAUUGUGUUUACUAUUUAUUUGAUGUUUGAAUUGCGUUACAAUUGAUUGAAUAAAUUGAUUGCCAUUUAGUGGACAUUGACUUCAAAGUGAGUGUCGAGUCGUUAAUGACAUGACUUGAGUGAAGAAGACAUCGAAAGGAGAUAUGGUUUGCGAUAAGUGUCAGACAAAACUCGGUAAAGUGAUAACUCCGGACACGUGGAAAUCGGGCGCCAGAAAUACGACCGAGAGUGGCAACAGUCGUGCCAUAACAACAACUGAGUCUUCAAAAUGUUUGCCAUUCUUUAAAUACGCGGAAUUGUGUCGUAUUGUUGUCGAGUCGUUGACAUCAUCUGAUAAUAACGAGUUUCAUAACGACGAAGAUUUGUUGCAAAAUAUUUCAUCGAUUAUACAGAAACUACUGAAGAAUUGUCGCGAAAAUCCUAAAAAUUUGCAGAUUUUAUUUGAGAAGAACUUCAAUUCGUUAUUAUUAAAUGGAUUCAAUUGUCUCAUUAGGAAUGGUAUCAAAGAAUCACGAGCUGUCCAGUCGGCUAUUUUGGAUCUGUUUGUUGAGAUUUGUCGCCACAAGAUUAGUGCUGAUGAGUUAAAACUUUUUAUUAGUGCCUUUAAAGACAAUGGAUCUCAGUUAGACUUAUGUCUGAACGCAUUGUCGCAAAUUGUGUCCAUCAGAAGCUCAGAUUGUGUUUUAAAACCAAUGUAUUGGUUAUGCUUUCCAUUGGAACCGAUUCUGGUUUCUGCUCUUAACUCCAAUAAUCCAAUAAUCUCAUCAAAUGUUAGCCAAACGCGUCACUCGAUAGUCUACGACUCGAAGACAAAACCUAAUCAAAUCAGUUGGAGUUCAGCCGCCAUUGCAAUGCCGAUACCGAAAGCCGACGAACUGUUUGCCAGUUCUUGUAAAACAUUUUCAUUAGUUUUUUGGGCAUUUUUCGACAAAUACAGCAAUACUUUAGCUUCAAAUCAUAAUACCGAAUCAAAUGAUGAAAAUUUUACGAAUAAUUUAAAUGAAAUGAACGAAAAUCAGUGUAAAAGUUUUGAUACAAAAAUUCAUGUGAUAUCAGUUUCAUUUGAGUCAUCAACUAUUGAAAUCUGGUUUGAUAUACAACUGACACAAUUUGUAUAUAAGAUUUGCAAAGUGAUUAACGGCAGAAAUAUUGUGUGCGCUGAAGAAAGACAGACAACAAUUAGUGACAAUUUUUUAGACAAAUGGCAUCUCUUGAGGUUCAACUUUAAAGAAGUUUAUCUCAAAAGAUCUUCAUCUUUAUUGUCUAUAAGUCAAAGCACUGAUGGUGUGGACGAGCAUUCAGUUAAACUAAACUAUUCAAAUGUUAUCCCAAAACAUCCGCAAUCGGCGGCAGUAUUGUUGGGAUCAGUUCACAACAGUUGUUUUCAAUGGAAAUGUGGUAAUUUGAUGGUCUUUCGGACCACAUUAUCACUUGAGUCAACUCUCUACUUAUAUUGUUUAGGAUCUGAUUUCUCUAAUUUUUCUUAUUGUAAACUAAAUGAUAAAAAUAAUUCACUUUUGUUACCGAAAACUUUAUCCGACAAAAAUAUGGAAAAUAUUUUGUCAACAUUUCGACAAAUGUGUGAAACAGACAUAAGUAAUACACUUACAGAUAAUAUUAUGAUUGUAUAUAAACCAUCAAAAUGUGAUCACUUUUUGUUAUAUCCGAAACAAUCGGUUAUUAAUAAUACAAAUGUUGCCAAUUUUUCUAAAAUAUCAUUACCGAUGACAUCGAAACGUUUUUUAACAAAUAUAAAUCAGUUAAAUGUGUCGGAAAUUACCGAACAUAAAGUGCUCGAAUUUGGCCGAAUCGAGAGACACCACUAUUAUGGCUUUCAUAAGGCAGUGGCCGACUCGGGAGGAAUCAACAUAUUUUUGUUUCUUUUCGCUCAUAUUAUUGACAUUACAAACGAAGAGAAAUUGCAAUCAAAAGCAUUGGAAAUAUUGCUUAAAGUUUUUGAUUCACAUCAACAACACAGCGAUGUCUUUAUGAAUCAUUACGACAGUCUAUCGCUUAUAGGACAGGUUUUAGAGACCGAAAAAGCUAUUAUAACAUCAGAUAUUUUAAGAUAUUUUUUACAAUUUUCUGUUACAAAUUGUGAAUCGGAUGCCGUCAUCAUAUCGAGUGAAGCUUUUACAUCACUAAUCAAUUCAUGGAAAGCCUGGCACAGGAAUCCCAUUACAAGUAAAGCCUUGUAUCAAACCAUAUAUUCAUUGAUAUCAUAUACAAAUCCAUACAAAAAUUAUAAUAUUUUUCAAAUGAAAAGAGCAAAUGUUUUGCAACAGAUCUUACUUAUGACUCAAGAGAUGUACAUACAAAUGAAUGAUCAAAAUGAGUUGCAUUUAACUAAAGAGUCGCUGACAUCAGUGUUGAAAAUUUUGAAGAUUUUAAUUGGAAGACCUCCUGAUUUAUCACAAUUAAGUGAUGUUUUUGAUUGUAUUUUAUUACUACAUAGAGCUGAGACAGCUUUUAUAAGUCAAUCGCGAAACUCUUUCUAUUAUUUGUUCCCUUCGGUCUGGAAUAUGGAUAUCGAUGUUUCUCCACAAAAAAGUUCAUCAAAUUUAGAUUUGAAUGCCAUUGAUGUCGACGAAUGGGAAAUCAUUUCUGAAGAAGAGAUCUCAUUGACUGAUGAAGUGGUUGACGAUUGUUUGGAUCAGAUAACAGCCGGUCUGAUAGCAAUGAUUGGUGAAACAAUUGAUUGCAUGACUGAUGAUAUAUUAGACAAAGUGAUCGGACCUAUCAUUAAAUUAGAAUAUUUAGUUGUUUUGGCAAAUAAUAAAUCGUUUCGCGUUAGAGAAGCUGUUAUGUCAGUGAUUUAUAUAUGUAUCAAACGAUGUAAAUCAAGUUAUUGUAUUAAUCAGUUUAUUAAAGAUAAAGGUUUUCAUUUAUUGGCCAAUCAAUUACAUCGAUAUCCAUCGUCACCGAAGCUCAUGAAUGUCUGUCUCGCCAUUAUCUUAGAAGUGAACGAUUUGUCUGACUUUAAUUUGGAAAAUACUUUUGAAAUGAAAAAAGGUUUCACCGAAUGGCAAAGCGAUCUGUUUGUGCCAUUGUUUGCAAUUCUUCCGAAAUGCGUUUACGACAUCUCUUUGAGUCACAACGGAUUGCAAGCUUUCUAUCGUCUAAUGUCUUCAUUUAACAUAAAUUUUUAUAGAGAUCUCUAUGAAAAUGGUUUACUCGAGUGCUUAGCAAAAGUUAUUAUUUGUCAUAAUUCAUACAAACAAAAAUCAAAAUCCAAUGAUACCAUUGAUGGUUAUGAAGAAGAUUUAGUCAAUGAAGAUGUGAAUUGUAUUUUACGUGAGUUUUCGUCCGUGUUUUUCUUUGCCACCGGUGCUGCUAAUCAUCAAAUCUUUUGUAAUGCAUUACAAUUCUUCGCUCUCUUGGAAAAGAAGACACAAUCGAUUAAUAAGAUGGCGUUCAGAGACUGUCAAAUAGCCCUCUUUGAGGCCGCUUUUGAUUGUAUCCAAUAUAUUGCCGACGAAACCAAAUGUGUUCCUCACAAGAGCUCAAAAUUAGCUUUAGGUAAUAACACUGCGGAACUAUUUUUGAAUAUGUUUACAUUGCCUGAAGAUAACUAUGAGAGUGGAUCCGUUACCGCCAAUAACGAUACUUUUGAUUCGUCUUCAUUUACAAGUUUUGAUUAUUCAGAUCGUCUACGAAAUGGUAUGACUAAAAUGCAACUCCACAGCAAAGAAGUCAUCGAAAGAUUUAAAGAUUUGACUCCAAAAGCUAUGGAUUUAAUUCUGUAUAAAGCUGAGGAAUGUGUUGUUAACGAAAAAGAAAAAUAUUUUUCUCGAAGUCUUCUUCAUAUAAUGUGUCAAAUAAUGGAAGUGAUUCACACCGAAGGCUCAAAAAAUAAAAAGAAAAGUCUUUGGAUUAAUAUAUUAUGGAACUGUAGAGAAGUGAUCAAAACACAGAUCACUCGACUCAUCCUAUACUUGAUAUCUCCACUACAAUCCAUAGACGACAGACAUUUUAGUGUAUCACUCGUUACUUCAUUUAAUUGUUUUACAAAUUUAAUCAAAAUUAAUGAUGAAUUUGGACACAACUGUAAAUCAUUUAUUCUUGAUUUAAUGGAUGCGAUCAACGAUAGCAAAAAACUCAAAGAUUUACAUCUAUUGCUAAAAGUUAUUGACUCACAGAUAGGCAGUCCUCCAGAGAAACACUAUAAAGAAGCCAUAAGUCAGUGGUUUAAGUAUUUAUCGGAACAACAAACGAAUUAUGAAAAAACAAUAGAAUCGACUAAAGAUCGGACAUUGAAUCAGUUAAAGAAUUUAAGUCAAAAAGUUAUGGAAAGUGCGAUAUUUGUUACUCGAUCUGUGGUUGAGUCACAAAAUCAUGAAAGAAAACAAUACAUAUAUCAUCUUAAGAGUGAACGAACAAAGAGUUUUAUGUUAAAGAAAUCAUGGAAAUGGAUUGUCGAUCAAUUAACUCAUGAGAAGGCUGUUUGGUAUUUUGAAGAUUAUUUUCCAAACUCGUGGUCAUUGGAUCCGAUUGAAGCGCCGAACCGUAUUCGUCGCAAACUUACGAGAUGUUCACUUAAUAUUGCCGAUCGAUUUUUUUGUACCAAAAAUAACCAGAAAACCAGUCGAUUAUUGUUAUCAUAUAUAUUCAGUACGGAUACAACCGAUACAUCCAUUGUUAUCGGCAGACUUCACGCAAAUGAACGCAUUAUUUAUACAUCAAAUGCAUCGAUCAUAACACCAGAUGAAGAAUUUCCCGGAGAAAUAUUGAUCAGUAAUUCGUGUAUUCAUUUUAUAUGUGACAAUAAACAUACAAAUCAUCAAAUUAUUGGUGAAGUAAUUCAGACCAAAGUAUUGCCAUUUGAUGAGAUUCAAGAGAUACUUAAACGAAGAUAUCUCUUACAGAAUAAUGCAUUAGAAAUAUUCCUCACGAGUGGCUUAACUUAUUUCAUUAGUUUCGAGUCGACCACAAAACGUGAAGAUUUUCUGAAUCAAAUACAGGUUAAGAAUUUGCCGAAUGUUUCGGAAAGUAAAUGUUUGAUAGCAUUGACACAAAUGUGGAGAGAAAGACAAAUAUCAAACUUUGAAUACUUAAUGCAUUUGAAUAAACUUAGCGGAAGAACGUUCAAUGAUUUGAUGCAAUACCCGAUUUUUCCGGUCAUUUUAGCCGAAUAUUCUACAGAUUUCUUAGACUUAAGAAAUCCAAAGUCUUAUAGAAAUUUAGCGAAACCAAUGGCAAUACAAAACAAAGAACGAGAACAAUAUUAUUUGGAUCAAUACGAGUAUCUAAAGAAUGAAUACGACAGAAGUGAUAUUAACGGCGAAUCAUUAAUGGCGGCCACUAUUGCGCCCUUUCAUUAUGGCGCUCAUUACAGCAAUAGCGGUACUGUUCUCCACUAUUUGGUUCGGUUGCCGCCAUUCACACAAAUGUUUCUCAACUAUCAGGACAACAACUUUGACAUUCCCGAUCGUACGUUUCAUUCGUUGGCCACUACAUGGAGAUUGGCUACCGCUGAGUCGACCACCGAUUUUAAGGAAUCUAUUCCCGAAUUUUAUUUUUUGCCAGAAUUUCUAGUGAACAACGAAAGCUUUGAUUUCGGUGUCCGACAAAGUGGCGAACGUGUCCACAGCGUUAAGAUGCCGUUAUAUAGUCGAUCCAAUGCUCGCCUAUUUGUGUUGAUUAAUCGUCAGGCAUUGGAGUCUAACUUUGUCUCUCAAAAUAUUCACAAAUGGAUUGAUUUGGUUUUUGGUUACAAACAGACGGGUAAAGCAGCGGUUGAGGCCAUCAAUGUCUUCCAUCCGGCGACUUAUUACGGAACCGAUGCCACAAAAAUAGAGGACCCAUUGAAACGAAUGGCAAUUCAAACUAUGAUCAAAACAUUUGGCCAAAUGCCGCGACAACUGUUCGCUGUUCCGCAUCCAGUAUUAGUACACGACAUACAAUUGGCUCAAGAAAAAGAUGUGUCACAAGUGAUGGGUGAAGUAAUGGGUCUUAAGUGGGGAUCAUAUGUGGGCUCACCGGCCGAAUCUGAACCGACAGUCGUUUGGCGAAAGAGUCAUUCCAUUAAAAUGAGUCAAUUAAUGGCUUUAUCGACUAACGAUGUCUUCGCAAUUCCUCACAAUUCUAGUCUUUUUCUGACAUACAGUCGUCAAAAAGGUGGUGCACUUAUCAAUACAUCUUAUAUAACAUCAGUAGCCCUAUGCAUGUGGUCUAAUUCGGACCCAACCAUCAAAAUUAAAUUAGAUUCUUCAGCUAUCGUGUCUUUCUCGCCGGCAAAUGUGCUUUUAGAUGAGAUAACUUACUGUAAAUCAGUUCCUAAUUAUGAAGUUCUCCUCAUUGGUUACGCGUCGGGUAUAAUAAUUGYAUAUUUCAUUGCACAACCAAUUAAGUCAAAUCAAAUGGUUGAACUUAAAAGACCACAAACCACACUCUAUGGUCACUCUUCAGCGAUUAAAUGCAUUGAAAUAAGUAAAUCUUUCAGUAUUGCCGUUACGGGUGAUGUCAAUGGUGUUUGCAUUGUCUGGGAUUUGAACCGAUUUUGUUACGUCCGGUCUCUUCCUAACCAUAAGUUUCCAAUCGAAAUGUUCGCAAUCAGUGAAACGUUAGGUGAUAUCGUUUCAAUCAGUCAUCAAACGAUAAAACAACUGAAAAGUAUAUUUUGUGUCAAUACUAUUAAUGGUGAACUCGUUGGUCAAGUGAUAACAGAUUCAAAGAUAACGGCCGUAUGCUAUUCAACAGCACCGGAGGGCUUAUCGGUGAACGUAAUCGCCACGGCUUUUGUCGACGGAUCAAUCAAACUGUGGAGUUCUUGGGAUUUAACACCUGUUACACAACUUAGAUCUGAUAUUGAGCUUCCAAUCAAUUGUAUGACGUAUUCCAAUGACAAUCAGCUCCUAUAUGUGGCCUAUUCUGAUAAUACAGUAGUUGUUUGGGAAAAUAGUUGCAAUAAAAAACGGACUCCAAGUCUUACAAUUUUAUAAUUGUUUUUAAAAUAACAAAUUAAUUAUA